AACGAUUAAGGAAACCAAGAGCAGCUACAGAGACUCCCUGGUCUUCCCCAGAAGACCAAAAGACUCUUUGGGGAUUAAUUUCGUUUCCUAAUCUUGGAGUCGGUUGCCAUGCGUCCACAAGCUGUCCUGCCUGCUGAUAUUGGUGUUCACUGUACCGAUAAGGAGCUUUGUAUGUUUUUACAGAAACUUACGAGUGGAUCACCACUUCCAAGAAAUGUGAUCAAUGAUGUGAACCCUUACAAUUACAUGCCCUCAAAUUUACCACCUGGUAGUUUUUGGUACUUGAUUCGCUCUAAUGAGAGCAAAGAUACAAGUCUUGGAUACUGGAGCCCCACAGAGGAGGCAUGUAAAAUAUUCACAGACUCUGUCAUCACUGGUUGGAGAAAUACUCUUGAAUUCUAUGAAGGCCAAGCACCUCAUGAAUAUAAAACCAAUUGGAGAAUGCAAGAGUACAGGAUAACUUACCAUAAAGUUUCAGAAAAUAGCAAGACAAAGGAAGCCAAUUUGCUUUGCAGAGUCCAGUCUGUUGGUGCUGAAUGUAAAAACCCUAUUGCUAAUUGCUUCUCACAACCAGUUGUUUCUCUUGCCGAGACAUGUACUGGACAUGCUUCCACAAGCAAACCUCAGGUCAUCAAGGAUAAUGAAACAGGGACCUUAACUGUUACAGAAAGGCUUCCAGAUCAUCAAGUCGAAAUCAUGCCUGAGAUUGAGAUAGAUUUUCCUUUUGGAGAUGACUACAUUGAAUUGCGGGAUCUUGAUAGACCAGCAUCAUUUUCUUCUAGUUCAAAUUCAAGUUGCUUGACAAUGUCAUCAGACGAAUGCUUUGAUUCCCUGGCUUUGUUGGAAGAACUAGAACCCAAAACUAGUCAAGACCAGGCUAAUAAGAAUGCAGGCUGCAAAUACAGUAUUUCUGUAUCUCAAAAACCAGAUGAGUUGGUUAUGUAUGCAGCAGCCUCUUCCUCAGGAUCUUUGAACAAAUCUCCAAAUGAAGAAAAGGUCAAAAGUCAUUCUUCUAAGAUUCCCAGUUCAGCAGUCUGCGUUAAGAAUAAAGAAAAGACAACAAAGAAACUGAGCAGAAAUGAAAUGCCAGACCAAGGGAAUGAAGCUAUCUCAAAUUCACAUACGGCAACACCUCCAGGGGGAAAGAAGGCUACUGUUGUCAAAACCAAGAAGCUGAAGAAAAGGUAUCUUUGCUUCAUGCCAUGUUAGAACUUGAUCCUGAUGUGUUUGCUCUAUGAUGUA